AGAGGCGGCGAUGCUGGCUCGAAGCAUGCUUGCAAGAUGCGUUAGAGCGAGGCCCAUUGUUCAGUCUGUCCGCGCUGCGGUUUGUGCGUAUGCACGUGCUGACUUGCGCGCAUUCUCUACCCCUGCUUCCCUGGUGAAGGAACUGCGAGACAAGACAGGCUCGCCCAUGAUGGACUGCAAGAGAGCAUUGGAAGCUUGCAACGGGGACAUGACAACUGCAAUGGAUUGGCUGCGAAAGAAGGGAAUUGCAAGUGCAGCGAAGAAAAUCGGUCGCCGUUCGGCUGAUGGACUUGUAGCUGUCAAGCUCCAAGAUGACAAGAAGAGCGGAGCUGUAGUCGAGCUAAAUUCAGAAACAGACUUUGUGGCAAAGAAUCCUAUUUUCAAGAAGCUAGUUGAGGAUAUCUGCCUAGUGAGAUUGAAGACAAAGUCGGACAUGGAUGUAGAAGAUUUCAAGAAAGAGACUGUUGCCAGUGGACCCAAGUCCACGUCUGCGGUGAGCAUUGACGAAGCAGUGAAGGAGAUGGUUGCGACGGUCGGAGAAAAUUGCCAGCUUCGUCGUGCUCAAAAGCUCGAAGUCUCCGAGGGUUGCAUUGUGAAGUACAUUCACACACCAAUGGGAGAUGAUGUGGGAAAGCUUGGAGUGCUCGUGGCCUUGGAAUCUUCUCUCUCUGCGAAGGACCUCGAAUCCUUCGGCAUGGAGCUAGCUAUGCACAUAGCGGCCGCCUCGCCCAAAUUCAACACUGUGGAGGACAUUCCUCAAGCAGCCAUCGAGAAGGAGUCCGAAAUUUUCCGUGCCCAGGGAGCAGAGAGCGGGAAGCCAAAGGAUGUGGUUGAAAGGAUGAUUGCUGGAAGGCUGAAAAAGUGGCAUGAGGAAGUUGUGCUGCAUGAGCAAGAUUAUCUAAUUGUUGGUCAGAAUGAGAAGAAGAAGAAGGUCAAGGACGUGAUCGAGUCAGCCUCCAAGACUCUUGGCAAGCCAAUCAAAGUAAAGGGCUUCUUGCGAAUCAAGUGCGGCGAUGAGUCUCCAGAGAAAGCGGCUGAAUGA